GAAAUCUCUAACCUCACUUAGAUAAAUAUGUCAACUAAUUUUCAAAACAAAGUAUAGUUACGUAUAUAAACUAAACUUCUAUGAUUUUCAUAUAAAUAAAUUAUUAAUUAUGACUUCUAACCAUCAGAACCUUCCAGUUUCCAGUAUAUUAAAAUCAAAAAGUGAAAUUGAUGAUGAGCCCAAGAAAAAAUCGAGAGAAGACUGGAGGAAGGCAAAAGAAUUAGAAGAGGCAAGAAAAGCGGGUACUGCGCCAGCUGCAGUUGACGAGGAAGGUAAAGAUAUCAAUCCUCAUAUACCGCAAUAUAUUUCUACAGCACCAUGGUAUUAUGGAACUACUGGACCUACUUUAAAGCACCAACGCCCUCAAGAGGAAAACAAAAAAGAAUUUUCAAAUAUUGAUGAAUGGUACAAAAGAGGAGUUGAUACUUCAAAAAUAGUUACAAAAUAUCGUAAAGGUGCUUGUGAAAAUUGUGGAGCUAUGACACAUAAAAAGAAAGACUGUAUGGAUAGGCCUCGAAAAGUUGGUGCUAAAUACUCAGGAGCCAAUAUUGCUCCUGAUGAAUUCAUUCAAAAAAAUUUGGAACUCAGCUUUGACGGAAAGAGAGAUAGAUGGAGUGGAUAUAAUCCAUUGGAGCAUAAAGCUGUUAUAGAAGAAUUCCAAAAAGUUGAGGAAGCUAAGAGACAAUUAAAAGCUGACAAAUUAAACGCAAAUGAAUCAUCAGAGGAUGAAGAAAAAGAUGAAGAUAAGUAUGUUGAUGAAGUAGAUAUGCCAGGAACUAAAGUUGAUAGCAAACAAAGAAUAACUGUUAGAAAUUUAAGGAUCAGAGAAGAUACUGCAAAAUACUUGAGAAACCUUGAUUUAGCAUCUGCUUAUUAUGAUCCUAAAACAAGGUCUAUGAGAGAAGAUCCGAAUCCAAACAGGGAUGAUAAUUACCAUGGAGAAAAUUUUGUUCGCUUUACUGGAGAUACUACAAAUCAUGCCAAAGCUCAAUUAUUUGCAUGGGAUGCCCAUGAAAAAGGUGUUGAUGUUCAUCUUUUAGCAGAACCAACAAAAUUGGAGCUGCUUCAAAAAGAGUAUGAAAAGAAGAAAGAAGAGGUCAAAUCUACUAUUCAAAGCAGUGUUUUGGACAGAUAUGGCGGUAAAGAAUAUUUAGAAGCUCCACCAAAAACUCUACUAUUGGCACAAACAGAAGAUUAUGUAGAAUACUCGAGGUUUGGAAAAAUAAUUAAGGGAGCAGAAAAAGAAGUUAUAAGAUCCAAAUAUGAAGAAGAUUGUUACAUUAAUAAUCAUACAUCAGUUUGGGGAUCUUUUUGGAGAGGAGGAAACUGGGGAUAUAGGUGCUGCCAUUCAUUUAUAAAAAAUUCCUAUUGCUUAGGAGAAUCUGGUAAAACAUCUCUAUCAAUACCUUUAGAUACUUUACAUAAGGAUCAAGAAAAAAUUGAAGAACAUAAUGAAUCAGAAGGGCAUAGUAGCAAUAACAGCUCCUCAGAUAAUGACCAGACACUUGUUCUGGAAAAGAAAUUAAAGAAGAAGGCAAAGAAAAAAGAAAAAAAAGCAAAAUUGAAGUCCAAAAGAAAACAAGAGAAAGAUAAAAAAGCUGAAGAGAGUAUGCAAGAUAGUGUUAUUUUAGAUGAUAGGAAGAGACCAUAUAACAGUAUGUUUGAAGUUAAAAAGCCUACUGAAGAAGAAAUGGAAAACUAUUUCAAGAAAAGACAAAGAUUUGAUGAUCCCAUGAAUCAAUUUUUGUAAAUAACCUGAGAUAUUCACCUUAUUGUAAAAUAUGUAAUUCAGAUAAAAUAUUAAAUGAGCAAAAGUAAUGAAAAAA